AUGGCCUGGCCACAGAUAGAACCCAGUACACCGCAUCUGGAGUUCCUCCUUCUCUCGUUUUUCCUCAUUCUCUACGCCUUGUUCUCGGACCUCAUUCGGAAUCGACUUCAUCUGUCUGAACCACCUUUAGCAACAUUCACUGGCAUUGCCUUCGGUCCAUAUGGCGCCACAGUGCUCGACCCCGUCGAUAGAUGGGGCUGGGAAGACAACAUCACCCAGGAACUCGCCCGAGUCAUCACUGGGGUCCAGUGUUUCGCCGUGGGCAUUGACCUACCCGCCGCCUAUGUGAAGCGACAUUGGAAGAGUAUUGGGCUUCUCCUGGGACCGAACAUGAUAGCCGGGUGGAUGAUCUCGGCCACAAUCGUCUACUACAUCCUCAACACCACCUGGCUCACCGCGCUAAUUGUGGGAGCCUGCCUGACUCCCACUGACCCGGUCCUUUCAGCCAGCGUCAUUGCUGAGGCAAAGUUCUCCCAGCGAAUUCCAAAGCGGGUGCGCCAUCUGCUGGCUGCCGAGUCAGGCUGUAAUGAUGGAAGUUCUUUCCCAUUGCUCUAUGCAGCCUUGUAUGCAGUCAUGUCAAACUCCGCUGCACACGGGGUUCGUAUCUGGUUGACGGACGUCUUGUUAUGGCAAUGUCUCGCAGGCAUUGUUAUUGGAAUCGCCGUGGGCCUCGUCGCCAAUAAAACGCUUAGAUUUAGUGAGUCCAGAGGUUAUGUGCAAGAGUCGACGCUGUUUGUGUUCUACUUCCUGCUUGCGGUGUUCUGUAUCGGAGUGGGAAGCACCCUCGGGCUGGACGACUUUCUGGUCUGCUUCAGCGCGGGGGCAGCUUUCUGUUGGGACGGCUGGUUCUCCGAGCGGACCGCGAAUAUGAAACUUCCCAGCAUCCUGGAUCUGAUGCUCAACUCAACCAUGUUUGUCUAUUUCGGCUCCAUCAUACCAUGGGAUCAGUACACGGGCAAUCUGGCUUCUUGGAAGAUGAUCCUCUGUGUGGUGCUCAUACUUUUGUUGAGGCGACUACCGGCAAUCCUGACAUUGAAGAGGUUCAACCCCGACAUUCGAACGUAUCAUGAGGCCUUAUUCAUCGGGCAUUUUGGGCCUAUUGGAGUAGGUGCUUUGUUCCUCGCCAUUGAAUCCAGAGCCCGGCUUGAAACUGGAACCUCGGAGCCUCUGCCACAUCCACCGAAGCACUCACCUCAUCAAGAAGCGCUAGACACGGUCUGGCCUGUGGUCUGUUUCGUCGUCCUUGCCUCGAUCAUGGUUCAUGGCUUUUCUCCCUUCGUUAUGAGCGUAGUAGGCCAUUUCUCCAGACAUCCCAAGGAAAGAGCACCUCUUCUUGGGGCCGAGGAGGAGAGGCUGUACGGGAUGGCCACCGAGAAUGGCUCGGCAGAGGCUUUAGUCGAGGAACAGUCUGGCGAGGAAGAAUUGUGA